AAAAUGAACAAAUUAUUUUGGAAGUUCGCAAGUUCGCAAGUUUUGUCCUUUUGUUUGUUUACGAAAUAAAAUACAGAUUUUAUAAUUAAAAAUGGGCCGAAGCCCUUCUCCUAGCAGAGGCAGUCAUUACAAAAGAAGGCGUUCACGUUCCCGUGAUCGAGAUAGACAUAAAAUUCGAAAGAUAAGUCCGUCUCCUUCAACAUCCAAAAGUGAUGAAGAUUUUAGUUUUACGAACUACAAGCGGGAUUUUAAUAAGAUACUUCAAUAUAGCAAUGAAAGUAACACUGUUGUUAAUAACUUGGACGACUUUUGGACUUUUUUGAAGAAAUACGAAGCUACCUUGAAGAAAGCUGGGAAACCUAUAAUAGAUUUUGGGCCUGAAGAAAAUAGUGAUGAAAAUAGUUACUCUAAAUUCCAUUGUAUUAAUUUUACGACAUCUAUAAAAUAUGUGGACACUGUCUCUCAUGAUAGAGACAGGAGGAAGCUGGAUAGCAAAUUGUUUAAAGCGUUUUUGAAUAUUGUGUCUGUUUACAUUGAUUUUAAGAAUAAGGAGAAGUUUGAUAAGCUUAGAAAAUUAAGGCAGGCACAGAAAGAUUUACCUGUUGCUAAGUAUAGAAAUGAAAUAGUAGCUGCAGUACAAAAUGAGAGAGUGGUGGUUGUAGCCGGGGAUACAGGUUGUGGAAAAUCUACACAGGUGCCACAGUAUUUACAUCAAGCUGGAUUUGAGAGUAUUGCAUGUACUCAACCCAGAAGAAUAGCCUGCGUCUCCCUAUCGAAGCGAGUGGCCUACGAGAUGUUGACACAGUUUGAAACUAAAGUCGGUUAUCAGAUCCGAUUUGAGAAGAGCAAGACAGCUGACACCAAGAUUUGUUUUAUUACUGAAGGAUUGCUGCUUAGACAGAUGUCUUCAGAAAAUCUUCCAAACUAUGAUGUCAUAAUUCUAGACGAGGUCCACGAAAGACAUUUGAUGGGAGAUUUCUUGCUCGGUAUUUUGAAGUGCCUUAUACACACUAGAACUGAUAUCAAACUGGUUCUCAUGUCUGCUACUAUCAAUAUUAAGCUGUUUGAAGACUAUUUUUCUGCUGAAUCUGCUGUUGUUAUACAGGUGCCUGGUCGUUUGUUUCCUAUACAAUUAAACUAUAAGCCAGUAUUUAUUGAAGACAAGCCUACAAGAGAUGACCGGCUUGACCCACAGCCUUAUGUUCAAGUUAUGCAGCUCAUUGAUAGUAAAUACCCACGAGACGAAAGAGGAGACCUUCUUAUAUUUAUGUCGGGAGUACAAGAAAUAACAGCCAUAUGUGAUGCAGCUCAGCAGUAUGCAGAGAAAACUAAAAAUUGGAUUGUGUUGCCACUACACAGUGGGUUAUCACUGGCUGAACAGGAUAAGGUUUUCGACUAUCCACCAGAAGGAGUCCGAAAAUGUAUAGUAUCUACGAACAUAGCAGAAACCUCUGUUACUAUUGAUGGAAUAAGAUUCGUGGUCGAUUCUGGCAAGGUAAAAGAAAUGAGUUACGACUCCACCACGAAAAUGCAGAGGUUGAAAGAGUUUUGGAUAUCUAAAGCGAGUGCUGAUCAGCGCAAGGGACGAGCCGGUCGAACGGGUCCUGGAGUCUGCUACCGUAUAUACUCGGAGCAGCAAUACACCGACAUGGAGCCGUUCAGUACGCCGGAAGUAUCGCGAGUGCCUCUAGCGUCACUGCUACUGCUCAUGAGCUCGCUAGGAGUUAACGAUGUUAGAAGAUUCCCGUUCCUGGAUGCACCGCCUGAGGAGGCUGUGGAAAAUGCUUUGCUUGAGUUGAAGCAACAUGGAGCCCUAACCUCUAACGAGAAACUAACAGCCCUAGGUCGGACCCUUGCCAACCUCCCAGUAGAGGUGUGUCUAGCUAAAACCCUAGUGCUAGGCGCGGCCAGUCUGCCGCCACACAAGUUAGACUCAGCUCUAGCACUAGCGGCCGCUCUAGGCAUACGGUCUAUUUAUACUACGAGAGCACAUCGAGAUUUUGAAUGUGAGAAUGCACGUAAACCAGACGAAUCAGACCAUGGGGAUCCGUUAACCCUUCUCUCUCUAUACUGCGCUUGGUUGAGAGAAAAACGAGACACACGAGGCGGUCGCGCCUGGUGUAGACGACGCGGCAUUGAAGAACAACGGCUUUACGAGCUUACUAAACUUGCUGCACAACUUAGGAGCUUAUUACAGGGCAACAAUUUGAUGGAAACCCCAGAGCCUGAAUCAAUGUCGUCAGCUGAAAGAGCUCUGAGACAUGGGCAAAUGAAACAACUGAAAGAUGCAAGACGCCAAUACAAACAGAAAGCGGCCAACGAUAUGAAACGCAAGAAGCGCCUCAAAUUUGACUCCUGGGAGAUCGUCGACGAGAACACGAAUGACGACGAUGACGUCAUCGAUAUUCGUGACGUCGAGUUCCGUUUGACGAACGAUGCGCAGCGCAUACAGUCGCUUAUAGCGGGCUCUAGCACUUCCAGUGGGAGGGAUCUUGUUAUGUUGAAGAUAGUGUUAUGCAGAGCGCUGUACCCACAAGUAGCUGUAGCUGAUGCGUUUAAUCAUCAUAAGUCAGUAGCAGAACAACUAUACCACACUUGGAGUAAACCCUUCGUGUUCCUCCACCCGACCUCGUACUUCGGCAAACAGCCGCGAACUCUACAGCUCACUGAGGAAGACAUACAGACAGAUCUACCGCCUAGUUACGAUGGAAAACUACCCGUGUCUGGGAGACAUCAGAUUCUGUGUUAUUUAUCACUUCUGGAGACUACAAAGCCUUACAUAGUGAAUUCUAUGCGCAUGCCUGCGGCACAAACUCUGUUACUGUUAGCGCAUUCUAUUGACACUAAUAUUGGAUUUACCAGAAUAGUAUGUGAUUCAUGGCUGCUACUAGAAUUCCCAUACCCCGAGACAGGACUAAAUCUACUAUUAAAAGCUGUGAAAUUACGUCAAAGAUGGGAUCUGCUCAUAAAUCGACGUCUUGCAGAUGCAAACCCAACAAAAUCAGUUGAAUCAGAACUCGAAAAGCAGAACCAACAAAAAAUAUCAUACGAAGAAAUCCAGCACGAGUUAUCCUGCGAUAUGAGUGCAUAUAUGACUUCCGAAGUAUACUACACUAUUAAAAGACUUAUGCCCGGUGACCUUAAGGUCAUGUACUAUGGAAGUGAUGAGGCUCAUCCGAGUGUAGACCCCAAUCCGUUUGAUGAGACGUUUGUGUGUAGACCCCAUGAGAAAAAAGGAGGGGUUUAUGUUACUGAUAAUGUUGUUUAUAAUUGCGUAAUCGACACACUAUGGAGUAGCCUAACCUACGAAGAGACAUACAACAUACCGUGGACUUGCCCAAACUGUGAAAUCACCGUCUGCCUAUCUCCCGUAGAACGCCUUCAACAUACCCACUUCAUUUGCUCAGCCAAAGAAGUAAAGAAACAAGAACCAGCUAAAACGACAAGGGAAAUUAAACCUAAUGCUAAAGAGUAUACGUGCGAUAUUUGUAAGGAAACUUUGUAUAUGACCCCCGUUGAAAUAUUGAGACAUAAGAAAAGUUGUAAGAUGAAAUAAAGUUUUUAAAUUGUUA